AGAGAAAGAGAAGAAGCAAACUAAAGGAAGAGGAUAAGAGAGAGAAAGAAACAGAGAGUUUUUUUUUUUUUUGUUGCCAUUUCUUGUUGUGGGGUAUAUGAAAAGAAAGCUUUGAAAUUUUUUUUGGUUUCUGAAUCGUUUCAUCAAUGGUGUCGGACCAGGAUCUAGCGAAAGGAGUCGAGACUUUGCUAAGGCAAUCAGACCCAAACUCUCUCACAUCGUUAAGCAGUGUUGUUCAGCAGCUUGAAGCUAAGUUAGGGUUAGACCUUACGGAGAAGACGACUUUUAUCAGAGAUCAGAUCAAUAUCCUCCUCCGUUCUCACCACAAUAAUAACAACCCUUCAGCCGCUUCCGCAUCUGCGUCAGUCGUACAAUCUCAGCCUCCUCCGCCGCCGUCUUCACAGCAUCUUCAUCAUCAACAUCAGCAGCAUCAGAAUGUGCACUCCGGUGUUAAUGUUCCGGUGGCGAAAGGGCAUUUCACGCUUCAGCAUCCGUCUCAAUUCUCUGUUUCUCAAGCCCAGCAGUAUCCUCCACAUUUCGCUCUCCAGCCUCCUUAUCACUCUUAUGACCUAAAUUUCCGGCAGCCCUAUCCGGCUUUUAUGCAGCCGUCGCAGCAUCAGCAUCAGCAGCAGUCUCCGCGACAGCAACAAUCCUCUGUUCUGCUUUCACCAGGCGCUAAUGCUUCUCCAAAAGAAAGUGCUCCAGCUGGAACUAAAAGAAAGGGUGGUCCUGGAGGGCUAAACAAAGUCUGUAGGGUUUCUCCAGAACUUCAAGUCGUUGUUGGUGAACCUGCUCUUCCCAGAACUGAGAUUGUGAGGCAAUUGUGGGCUUAUAUAAGGAAGAACAAUCUCCAAGACCCGAGUAACAAGCGGAAGAUUAUCUGUGAUGAUGCGUUGCGUGUGGUGUUUGAGACCGACUGCACUGACAUGUUCAAAAUGAAUAAGUUGCUUGCUAAGCAUAUUCUCCCGCUUGAUCCAUCAAAGGACUCUGGUCAAGCAAAACGGGCAAAAGCUGAGGUCGAGACAAAGACUGAGACGCCAGAGCUAACACCUGUUAGUUCAGCUCCUGUUAGCUCAACUAUUACAUUAUCUGAGUCACUUUCAAAGUUCUUUGGCACUGGUGAGACAGAGAUGACUGACGAAGAGAUCAUUCGUCGUGUUUGGGAAUACAUCAAACUCAACAAUUUAGAGGACCCAGCAAAUCCAAUGGCUAUUCAGUGUGAUGAAAAGCUCCGUGAUCUUCUUGGAUGUGAAAGCAUAUCAGCUGUGGGGAUAAAUGAGAUGCUGAGGCGCCACAUGUACAAGCAGUCGUGAUACCUUCUGGUCUGACUUAAUUAAACUAGGAACUACUAGUGUGUAUCUAGGGAACCUACUUAUGACUCCUGGGUGUAGAACUCUGAUAGGGAAGAAAAGAACCUUUUCACUUUUAACUUCCUUUAAUGCUAUUUUGCAUCUUCCGUUGGGUUCUUUGUUUUAGUUGGUUGUGUAUCAACAUGGUUAGGUUUGAUAUUGUAUGUAAUAUUUUACAGUAUUUAGGAAAUCUGUGAUUUUCUAUUACUGAAACUCUAGUGUAAGGGCAAAUGGCGCAGAUGUUUUGUAUUUAACGCCAUUCACCCAUGAAUGUCUUAGGAAAAAAAAAAAAAAACUCAAUGUGUUUAACUAUGUUUUCCCAGUUGGAAAUAUUUGCAUC